AUGGUUGACACUGAAAAUGUUAGAGAAGCUGCACAUAUCGACUGCAGAGAUGACGUCUGCUUUACAUCUCCAAACUACCCUUUGCAUUAUCCGAACCUAGCAGUUGAGAAUAGGUUAAUCACGGCUCCUGACGGUAUCAGGAUUCUCGUUACAUUCACUGACUUCAACGUAGAGGUCGAUGAUUUCCUUGACCUGGCUGACAACGUGUAUAAGCAAAAUUCUAAGCGAUACACAGGGGAACACAAGUUCCCUCCUUUCUUGACCAAAGGAAAUGAGUUGGAUAUGACAUUUAUAUCCUUAACAUCAGGGACGAGGAGGGGGUUCAACGUCUCGGCAUCCUGCUACGAUCAAUCAAGGGAUGCAAAUGUGGCACGUAUUGUUGGCGGUAACUCACCAGGGAAGGGUUUCCUUGAGCUUCGUACUCAAUUGGGCGACUGGAGGAGAGUAUGCACAGACAGCUUUCAUGAAAGAGUGGCAGAGGUCGUCUGUGGAGAACUCGGCUAUCCUGCUGUUAAGAAGGUUUCCAACGGUACUGGUGACUGUAUUUCAGCUGGGCAAGAUUGCACCAAGGCUCCCGUCUGUAAUGACUACACAUUCCGUUCAGAUGAUUGUUCAUGGUCUUCUGGAAACUGUUCUUCUGCUGAUGCCGUCAAAGUUGAGUGCUAUGAACCAGGAUAUAAAGGUUGCUAUCACCCAGAAGAUCUUCCACAACUAAGCGGAGCAAUCUUUAACACAACCUCACAGUGUGUAUCGUCAUGCAGAACAAACACAAGAAAGGCUCUAGCUGUAAUAAAUGGAAAACAUUGCUUCUGUCCUAUUGCUGAUGAAGUUAACCUACCCGAUAUAGCUCCUGCUGCAGAUCAUAGUACAUGCAUCCAAAAUACACGCAUCCGAAAUAGACGGGGUACUCGACAAGUUAUCAACUCAUUGGUUUAUGACGUUUCUGUUGGAUUCUGUGAUGCGCUGGAUGACGUCAUUCAUGGAUCAAGGGAUUCUAACAUCACGUGGUUUGGUUCCAUUGUUCGUUUCACGUGUGAUGCUGGAUACAGUCUGAAUGGUUGUGGAGCACUGCAGUGUGUACCAGGACUAUCGCCGUAUUAUCCUGUUUGGAAUGGUUCCGUACCAACAUGUAACAUGUCUGGAGAUAGUACAAGUACAUCAUCAACAGACUCAACGCUGUAUACGGAAGGAUCUGUCUCUGCAACGGUUAUGUCCAGACGUGAUAUUUUAGAAGGUGUUGAGAAAAUUGGACCAGACACUCUGGCGAUAAGAUAA